AAAAUGGCGGGUUUGCUACAGUGAGAUGAAUUUUCCGGUUUUUUGGGGGGAGACAUUUGAAUUUAUGUUAGAGAGCUUUUUAAGCUAACGGAAACUCCUGGAGGGAUAAUGAGUGUCACUCUUCAUACUGACGUCGGCGAUCUUAAAAUCGAAUUAUUUUGUGAAUUGUGUCCGAAAGCUUGUGAGAAUUUCCUGGCACUUUGUGCGAGCGAUUAUUAUGACGAUUGUACAUUCCAUAGGAACAUCAAAGGCUUCAUAGUACAAACGGGGGAUCCAACACAGACAGGGAAAGGUGGAACUUCCAUUUGGAAUCGAAAAUUUGAGGAUGAAUUCAAGGAAGAGUUGAGGCAUAAUGCCCGGGGCCUAGUCUCCAUGGCAAAUAAUGGGCCCAAUACAAAUGGUAGUCAAUUCUUCAUAACUUACGCGGCGCAGCCGCACCUGGACCUCAAGUACACGUUAUUCGGAAAAGUUAUCGAUGGCCUAGACACCCUGGAACAACUGGAGAAACUCCCAGUGAACCCGAAAAACUACAAGCCCUUGACCGACACUCGCAUAAACAGUGUAACAAUCCAUGCCAAUCCCUUGGCUGGAUAGUUUAGAGCAUUUGUAUAUUUAUAUUUUGGAAUACAAAGGUAAAAAAAAAAAUAUACAGUAUCUAUGUCA